UUAAAUUUUUACCUGGCAUCUCUGUUCUUGCUUGACACAAUAUUCUGAUACUGUCAAUAACGAGGCGAGCAAUCGGAAUCAGAAAAAUAGACUUCCAGACUUCGCUGAGAAAAUGGCUGCAUCGGGAAAACUAUCUAUACUAACUCGCCAUUUGAGUACCAGUUCGGUGUCCACUCAGCUGGUGAAGCCACCGAUUCAGAUAUUUGGUCUGGAAGGUCGCUACGCUUGCGCCUUGUACUCGGCUGCGUCGAAGAACAAAGUUUUGGAUGCCGUCGAAAAAGAUCUUAAGAAUUUGCAGCAGCAAAUGCGUGCGGACCCGAAGGUUCGUGAGCUGCUGAUCAAUCCAACCAUCAAGCGAAACUUGAAAGCAUCGGCUUUGAAGGAUGUUUCCACCAAAGCGAAAUUAAAUGCCGCCACCGGAAACCUACUCUCCCUGCUGGCCGAAAACGGACGCCUGAAGCGAUUAGAUGGCAUCAUCAACGCUUAUUCACUGAUUAUGGCCGCAGAACGUGGUGAGGUUGUGUGCGAAGUUGUAACCGCAAAACAAUUGGAUGACUCGCAACGCAAGCAGCUGGAGAGUGCUUUGAAGGCCUUCCUUAAGCCGAAUCAAACUAUUCAGCUUACUGCUAAAGUUGAUCCGUCUCUGAUCGGUGGAAUGGUGGUGUCAAUCGGUGAUAAGUAUGUUGACAUGAGCGUCGCCAGUAAAAUCAAAAAGUACACUGAUAUCAUCACGGUUCCGAUUUAGAGCGUUGCCGUUGAAAUCACUCCCAAAAGUUUGUUAAAAUGCAAGGAUUUCCUUGUAGUAUACAGCAGUAACAUUAAAAUAAAAGCGAAAAUUAGAA